GAUAACGGACCCGCUUGAAGAUCCCCACAUUACCUCACUAGAUAAGGCAAAAGGGAGGGAGCUGGAGCUCCAUAGAGAAGAAGAGAGAAGCCCCCCAUCUGCGCAGUUCAUCCGUGAUACCCCCGGGCACUGCCACGGAGAGGCUACUCGCUGCUGGUAGUUCCUGAAUGGCGGACAGCGUUCUGGAGGAGGCUCUGUCCGAAGAGCAGGGAGAGAUGGGAGGGAGAAGUCUGCCUCAGACUCUACGCUGGACGCAGCCAUGCAUGAGACAGGCGGCGCGGCGAGAGGCGAAGAAGUGGGCUAAAUCUGGACCUGGACUACAAACCAGGUCACCAAAGGCGCAGAAUUCCCCCGAAAACGCAGCCAGGGAGAGGAGUCGGGUCCGGAACCUUCGCCAGGCCUUUCAGAGCCUCCAAGCUGCUCUGCCGUCCGUUCCUCCAGACACAAAGCUCUCCAAACUGGACGUGCUAGUCCUGGCCACCAAUUACAUCGCCCACCUGACCGAGACUCUGGACCAGGGGGGGAGACUGUCUGAUCAUCCAGUGCUGCAGAGAGCGGAAGGCUACCUGCACCCUGUGAAGAAGUGGCCUAUGCGCUCUCUGCUCUACUGUGGGAGCAUUGGAGAGCGACUGACAGGAGCGUCCACCAAUCAAGAUGAGACAUGCCCACCCGGGAGUGCAGCUGAGGUCAAAGCAGACUGAAGCUCGCAGACGGCUCAGAUCAAAUCAGGCUGACCGUAACUGUAUGUUAGAAUGAGGAAAAGCCUCUGAAAAGGUUGACUGACAGACGGAUUAACAUGUUAAUAACAUUAUCUAUUUUGUGUGACUACAGCUACAGUACUUUGGCCACAGCUGACUGAAUGUGUUUUUCAUAAUCUUAAAGAUCUUUUUGAUCUAAAGGCUUAAACUUAAAUGCAUGACAUUUGUCUCUACGAGAGGUGAAGGUGAUGCAUAUGUAUGAAAUAUGAAAAAAUAUUUAAAAUAUAUUUUUGUAUAUACAGCACUGUGCAAAAGUCAGAGACCACUCUUUCUUUGACUUAGUUAGCCAUCAAAACGUAUCUGGAAAGAAAAGCAGAAGACAUAUAACAGAAAAUUACACAGAAGCAUCAACAACAAAAUAUAACAUAAAUUGUUUUCAGUAUUUAGUGUCCACUCUUUGCCUUUUAGUACAGCUUCCAUUCGUUUCAGUAGACUUGCUUUCAUUUUUCUACUUUUCAAUAUUUGUUCAGCAAUGUUGUUUCUGCUUCUUACAAUGCAAGUAAUCCCAAUUACAGAUUUAGACUCAUCAGUCCAUAAAAUAUCACUCUAGAUCUCAGAUUUGGUGAUCCGACGUCCAUUUUUCAUGUUCUAGUGCAAAAUGUUCUCCUUUUCUCAGUGAGGUCUUCUUGACAGCUACAUAUCCUUUCAGACUCAUAGUGUUGAGCUGUUUUCUCACAGUGGAAGGAUCGACAGAAACACCUGUGGAUUUUUCAGAUCUGAAGCAGCUCGAUUUUCCCCUCUUUCUCAAAGAUCAAAGCUUUAAGUGCUGUUUAUCUGAUGGUGACAGUUUUUACGGUCCACCAGAUCUUGCAUAUUUGUUUGGAGUCCAAUAGAUAAAUUAGACACUGGUAGGUUUAAUAUUUUACGUAGUGUUGUUUAAUUUACUUUUAAAUAUCUUUCCUGCUUUUUUACACUGAAAAACAAAUAAUUUAUUCUUAAUUUACAUUAAACUGGAAAUGAAAUAAAGAAAAAGGUUUUCUGACUUUUGCACAGUCCUGCACUCUACCAUGCACUCUUUUCCUAUCUUUGUGUGUAAGGCCUAAGUAAACAGGAUGAAUCUGACCAACAUAAUGUUGUGCAAAUUCUUUCCGAUUAGAUCUCAUUUCAGCAGCGGAAGACUCAUCUUCACUCUGGGAAGUUUGGGUUUAAUUUGAAUGUCUUGUACUAAAUGGGAGUGAAUCAAGGUCUUGAUUAGUAGAAGGGGAGGAUUGUUAUGGGGAACACUUGGCAACCACACACGAGAGGAGGACCCUCCAUGUCCGCUUAAUCAUGUCCACCACAGCAGGAUCUCACAUUAAUUCCACAACAACUCACUUCACUUAGCCUAAGUGUAUUAGUGAAGCAAAUCCUCAGUAAUAAUUCAAAAAUGUUGGGAUUUUAUUACUUAAGAUACAAGCAUGUUUCAGGGUACCCAGAUGCAUAGUCUAUGUAGCCCUUUGCUGCAUAGCGUUGCCAUAUGGCAACAAGAAUUCUCUUUUAUUUCUUUUCACUAUAACACCAACUACAAUAUCAAAGUUUACUUUUUUCUUUUCCUUUGAGAAAAUAAAGGCUUUAUUUGUAAAACA